GACAGGUGCAUUGCGAAUGGCAGCUCUGCGUGAAGAAGAACUUUCUAUGUGUGUUUUGUUCGGUGGCUGCAUGGAAAAUUAAGGUUUUUCCAUAUAUUUUGCACAGCUAGCACACGGUAAAACUCAAACACACGGAGGAGAAGCAAAGUAAAUGAUGCUUUUCAUGCUGCUCUUCAGCCGGCAGGGCAAACUGCGGUUACAGAAAUGGUACAUGGCCUAUCCCGACAAGGUGAAAAAGAAGAUCACCCGGGAACUGGUCACCACGAUACUGGCCCGGAAGCCCAAGAUGUGCUCGUUUCUGGAGUGGAAAGACUGCAAAAUUGUCUACAAGAGGUAUGCCAGCCUGUAUUUCUGUUGCGCCAUCGAGCAGAACGACAACGAGCUGCUGACACUGGAGAUCAUUCAUCGCUAUGUGGAGCUGCUGGAUAAGUACUUCGGCAGCGUCUGCGAGCUGGAUAUUAUCUUUAACUUUGAAAAAGCCUACUUUAUCCUGGACGAGCUGCUUAUUGGCGGUGAGAUCCAGGAAACGUCCAAAAAGAACGUACUUAAGGCGAUCGCCUCGCAGGAUCUGCUCCAAGAGGACUUCAAUGAGUAUCUCAACUAAUCAAUGAAAAGAAAAAAAUAUAUACCUAGGAGAAAAGAAAACCCAUCCCAAAGAACCAGUGUAAAGAACAUAAAGUUAUAUUCCCGAUCUGCGAAGAGUCUUAGUGGGAGAGUCGAUAGGUCAGAUCAGUCAAACCUUCGUCCAGCUGUAUAUAUAUUUGUAUAUUGCCCAGCUUCCAUUUCCCCGCCUUCCCCGCGCUGCGCUGUGAUGUUCAUCCAUAUAAUAUGCAUUACGUGUUUCCAAGUUGUGCCGUAAAUGAAAGAAAAGCAAAACAAGAUUCGAAAUUGGUUUCUUUUUUGGACACAUUCUACUCACACCUACACCUACUACUCGUACUACCACUACUACUUCUAUCUUUCCUUCUACUCUUCUCGUUCUUAUUGUUCUUAUUCUCUGUACUCCAGGACGAAGCCGUUGAGGGCACUUUAAGAGACAUUGGACUCCUCUAAAGAACUAGAACACCCUAGAACUUAUGUAGUUGAUAUUACACGCACACCCAGACACAGCAAGCACACAAUAACACACACACUGACACACCCCCAGCGAAAUGUGUGCUGCACUUGGCACAUUUGAACACUGCUCCAUCCACUUCUCAACACUAGUGUGUGAUUUGGCUGUUGUACAGCACUGAUGCGCUGAAUAAAAUUAAUAAAUGAUAAGCAAGAAGGCGCCGGGCAGCGUGAGGCUCGGAAAAGCAAUAAAUACCACAAGCUAAAUUCUAGAUAGUAACAUCAGAGCAUCUGGCAUGUGGUUUUCCAUACACACUCCUCCGUAUUUCACAAACACACACACAGAUAAUAGAUCCAGCAAAGUUCAUGCAAAACAAGCCAACCUCACGUAGUUCCCUCAACCGAAUUAAUAUUCUUCUUCCUAUCUACAUUAUAAUAUCGAAAGAUCAUUCCAAUCAAUCACCAAAUGGGCAAUAACUAAUUUAGUGGGGAAUAUAUGCAAUACUAUUCUUACAAUAGAAACAAGUAAGCUUUAAUGUUGAAAAAAUGAGAACGUUUAUAAUUGAAAAUUGUAAUAAUCAUCCCAUAGUGGUAACCGAAUAAAGUCUAGUUUAUGUAUAUCUACAAA